AAAGAAUUUGUUUUGUUUUUUUUUGAUUGAUUGGGUUUAUCAAAAAUCUAUUUUUGAUCUUAAACCAUCAUUGAGCAGCAGCAGUAUUUGAUCAAAAAAGGAGAAAAAAACAAUGGAAAAAUCCAAUGAUCAAUCCCAAAAUGGUAAUGAUAAUGAAUGUUAUCAACCAACAGAAUUUAAAUUAUCCGAUUAUCUUGAAGAUAUUGAUUCAAUAUCACCUAUAUUGGAUAAACCAAACAUAACAAAUGGUCAUCAAGCUAAACAAACUGUACGACGUUGGGCAUUGAUUAUUGUUGAUGUACAAAAUGAUUUUGUUGAAGGUUCAAUGGCAUUGAAUCAUUUUUUUAAUGGUGAAGAUGCUGCCGAAGUUAUACCGGCUAUUAAUCGUUUAUUAAAAUAUGUUGAAUUUGAUUUAGUUGUUUAUAGUCGUGAUUGGCAUCCAAUUGAUCAUUGUUCAUUUCAUUCAAGUUCAGUUCAACCGAAAACACCUAUUACACAUAAAUGGCCUGAACAUUGUAUUGAAAAUACAUGGGGUGCACAAUAUGUUGAUGGACUUAUUACCGAUCCCGGAAAAUUUAAU